UCUUGGACGUGAACCGAGUCCAAUGGAGCUGUUUGUAGAGACGCAUGUGCGGAGUCAAGACCGCCAAAAGGGGGUGCAGCAGUUCGUGGACAACCGUGCUCAGCACUUCGUGGAGACCUAUAAUAGCCGGUUGAGGGAGAGAUAUGGGGACAAUCCGUCGACCCAUCCAGAUUUCGAUCCAGAUUUGUGGAUGGAGGCGGGAUCGUCUGGUGGACCCGAUAAAAAUCGGGUCUACAGGCUCUCCAACACUACGGCUGAAAACUUGUGUUCGGCUCGUAGUGUCUCAACUGUUGGAAGCUCUCCAUCAGUAUCGAACACCCAGUCUGAGGAGUUCAUUGCGUUGAAACAACAAUAUCAACAACUCUCGACGAAUUAUGAUGAGCUCCGUCAAAUAGUCAUGGAGAUGUGAUCAAAGAUGGGUGACGAUACUUGUGCAGCUUCUUUUUGGCCGUAUGGUCCCGGGAACAACCAGCCUCCUCCUCCUCCUCCUCCAGCUCCGCCGCU